AUGGAAUUCGAAUUGUGUCAUAAUGAUAGCAAAAAAAAGCAAUACUUCUUCAUCUCAUCCAUAUUAGUCCUCAAUAAUCAAGUAGAGCUAAAAAUGUCGAACGAUAAUAGCAACAAUGAAAUGAUCGAUUUUGAUGAAAUAUUUUAUGGUUAUCCAAUCCCGAAAAAUUCGCCUGAUCAAAAAUCACUAUCGAAAGGAAUUCAACUUCCGGUACGCUUGAGACACUUCAUACCAUAUUCAUUCACUGGUGCAAUAUCGUAUGUUGGCUCAUUCAUUGAGGGAGAUUGCCUUGAAGGUGUAACUUACUUGAUCUUCGACACCCCGAUCGCCAUAAAGCCUGGGCUACAUCUGAUAAGAUUUUACUCCAGCAUCAAUUCAACACGUCCCAUACAAGAUAUUCGACCAGCACGAUAUUAUAUGCCGUCAAAUAUAGAAUUUUUAGAGGAUGAAUACGAAGACAAUAAAUUUUGUCCAAGUGCCCGGGCUCAGACCAAUGAUAAGCCUUCUGCAGAUGCAAGUUUAGAUAUCUCUCAAGAUAUUCAUGAUUUAUUCGAUGAAAAAAGUUUGGGUGAAACGAUACUGCCCAAACUGCCAAUUAUCGUAAGUGCGGGAAAAGGACGACUCGUUUCGUCGCAUUUAUUAACUGUCACAAUACCACCACUAAUGCAUAUGUCAUCCGUCAUCCAUCACCUUGUCAGCUGGCCACCUUGUCCUGAUGUUCCUGGCAUUCCCUUGCCGCCUCCAGAUGUUCAGUAA